GAGGGUGGAGAAGUUUCACCAUUUGUUCAACACUCUCACUUUUCUUACUUCACACGAGGAAUCCUGACCAGUUCGUGUUUCGGUCUUUAAUAACUCAGAGUCGCUUGUGGUGGAAUAAAAAACAAACCAAAACUAAACCCCAAAAGAAGGAACGGAAAGUUUGGAACACGGUUGUGUUUGCGGCCUGGAGUUAGAGGAACGGGAGCAGAUCGAGUCUCUGACCGGAGCAGGAAUGGGAGACAGUGAGUUUUCUGAACCGAUUGAAGAUUCAACCGACAACAGCGCGGAAAAGAUCGACAUGUCACUCGAUGAAAUCAUCAAGCUGAAUAAAAAAGAACAGAAAGCAAACAGAGCAGCAGUCAGAGCCAGAAACAAACGUGUCCAGAACAAGAACAACAUCCUGAAGAAGCUCAGUGAGACGCCGCCGGCAAGGAGAGGCUUCAGACGUGGAGCACUGCAGUAUCAAGGACCGGUCAGAUCCCGUGGGCUGAACAGGGGCAGAGGUUUGGGAAGAGGACGUGGGCAGAGUCCUCUAAACAGAACUGCUGUCGGUGCAUCGGAAGGAGAGCAGCAGGUUCAAAGCACGGCCUCCUCCAGAGGUGCAUUCAGAGGACGAGCGAGAGGGAGAGGAAGAGGAAGAGGAGGAUCGAGCAGGGGUUCUUUCUCAGCGAGAGGUCGAGGGGCUCCGCAACGAGGUGGAAGACCUUUUGUUUUAGACAGAGGGUUUGCUGCUACGAGAGGGGUCGGAAAAUUGGAGCGGUAUCAAAAAAUAAAAAGUCAGACACCCGAGUCUACCUCCGGAACUAUGCUAACGGUGUCGCUGCCAAAUGUAAAACCAGCACCUGUGACUCAGGUGGGACCUAGGCGGGGUGGGACGGCUUUAAGGGGCAGGUCAUCUGAGGACGUCAGUGGCAGCCUCACACCCAAAGGCAUCCCUCUGCACUUUAAUUAUAAAGCCACCACCAACCAGACCUUGCUUUCCCUGAACGAUCGCUUCACUGGCCUGAGGAUGAGAGGACACGACCUGAGAGCAGACGGCGAAAGUGGAAGGGGUGGAAGGGGUCGCGGGCGAGGCCGAGGAGGAAUCAGAGGAGGACGAGGAGCUAGAAGAGGAAUUGGAGGAGGAAUUGGAGGAGGAAUUAGAGGAGGAGGAAGGGGUGCGAUACGAGGAGGAAUGUCGGUGGCAAGAGGAGGCAGAGGAAGACCCAGAGGCAGAGGAGGACCAGGACGAACCAUCUUUCUUCAGUGAUCCUCAUUCACAUUAGAAUCGUCAUAAGUUACCGUUGGAGUGUUUACAUGCACAUCAAUAAUCUAAUCAUUAUAGGACUUGUGCCAUUAUCUUUUUAAUAGGUAGUCGUGUAAGAAGAAGAGGAUUCUGUGCAUAAAUAUAUUGUAAAUACAUUUUUGUUUACAUGGUUUAUAGGUCUUUUAAGACAAGUGUGAAAAUGUAUAUAUGCUACAUAUCAAUCCAAAUUAAA